CAGAGGGAGAGGCCAUCGAGAUCACUUCGCAUUGAAAAUAAACUACUCACCCAAAAAAAAAAAAAAAGGAAAAAGCUCUCCUAUAUAUAUUUACUUGCGCUCUCUCGCUGUACGUGAACGAAACCAAGAAUGGUGAAAAGAGGAGGCACGAAAAGAAAGAUCAAUUUGGAAAAGAUAACGAGGAGAGAGUAUCUAAGGACUACUUUCACCAAGCGUUGUUCCGGACUUUACAGCAAAGCCGCGCAGCUCUGCCUUCUCUCCGGCGCACAGAUAGCCAUCUUGGCCACUCCUCCUUCUUCGCAAUCCAACGUCUCUUUCUUCUCCUUCGGUCACUCUUCCGUGGACGCCGUCGUGAAUGCUUAUCUCACGGGACAGCGUCUCGCUCCUGUUCGGGAAGAGCCGAUGGAAGAGGAUAUUGGUGUACAGAUGGCUCGGAAGGAGCUAGGGUUAGAGCUGUGGUGGGAGAAAGAGAGUCUUUCCAAGUCCAAGAAUCGUCAAGAAUUGAUGGCUGCGAUCAGAUCCAUGGAGAGGAUGCUGAGUAAGCUGCGUUCUUUGGAUUUCGUCGAUAAUUAUAAGCAAAGAGACGACGAAGACGUAAAGAAGGACGAGAUGGCGAAGAAGAGCGAUGUCGUUUUGCGCAAGGAAACUCAAGAACCGGAUGAAACCCUAAAUCUCCAAGCUGUUUGUUGCAUCCCUCCUGAUGAUGAUUUAGCUGCUGCGGGUUUUGACAAGAUUACUGAAGAGCAAGAUCAGAUCCUGGCUAUUUGUGAUAGUUUUUGUGUUAAGGAGGACAACAACGGUUUAACUGGAAGUUUGGAUAGGUCUGAUCAAGCGAUGGAUCAUCUCGUGAAAACCGAUUUGGAGACAACUUGUGAAAGUUCAGCAUUCGAUUAUGGUGUUUUGGGUAGUACUCAAGAGCUUCAUGAGACUGCGGGAAGAUAAAGGGAUUCUUUCAACGAGUAAACCACCAUCACUGCAGUUUGAAACAUUUCUUACCUUCUGAUUUAUGUAUAUGAUUAUUGCAUAAUUAAUUACUGUUAGAGAUAUGUCAUCUCCAGGGUCCGGUUUGACCUCGAUCAGUUUUCCACAUAAUGGAAAAUUUGAAUUAUGGGUUGUGCUUUGCAUUUGUAGUUUCAAAGGAAUGUUUUUU